CACACAAGCGAGAGUGGCAGUGGUCAGGCGAUGGUCUGGAUUGUAUUGGUUUUGGGAGGGAGGGUGUUGGUGAAAGGCAGCUGGCUGGCUGGCAAUGGCUGACACAUGCAAACUGCAGCGGGCGGCCUUUUGGGUGGGGGGAGGCCAAAAGAGCGGUCGCAAUCGUGGGAAAAUAAGCGCGGCGGGCGGGAUGCGAUUCGAAGAGUGCGAUGAUAUGAUGGCUAGAAAAUGGGCCUGGCUGGGCGUUGGCCAUUUUGAUUGUCGCAAGACGGGCUUGUUCAGGGGAAGGCGUGGGCGGGGGCAGAAUGUGGCGCGCGUUCUGCAGCCAAAUUACUUAGUUCAGCUGGGCGCUUUCUUCUCUCCCCCGAACAGAACUCAGCGCAGCGAGGGCAGGAGCUUGGCUGCACUGCACUGCCCCUACCCAACGCCAUCCUUUUGCCCACUGUGCUUUGUCCAAAAAAACAACCCCUCAGUCAGUCUGCCCGCGCCCGCCGCCAUCGGCCUCACUCCCUCGACUCCUCGCGUCUAUACCCAUAUGCGCAAUCGUCGAUAACACUAUAAUAUCCCGCAGAGUGGACCCUGCGCCUGUGCGACUCCACCCGUGGUUCAAGCAUACCCUUUCCUCGCCGCUCCACCCAGCGCGUCUCCUUAACACCACCAUCUGACCGCCUAUACGAUCCUUU